AAGCGUGAGGUGGAGAUGGGGGCGGAGGGAGCUGGAGCUGUCACAGUCCCCGGGUGCGCCUGACCGAGCCAAGUGGGGUGUCAUGGCCGCGGGGGGCAGCGGCUGCACUUCCUCAGCGGGCGGCGGCGGCCGGGGAGUUAAUCCUCGACGCACGGGUCCCGUUUCCCUCUGUGCGGCGGCCGGCGGGACCAUAAGGGCUUAACUCAUAUAUUUAACCCCCCUCCAAAAAGGUUUGAAAGUAUUCUUGAAGGGCUGUUUGGACCUGCAUUAUUAAAAGAUCUCAGUUUAUUUAAAGACUGUGAACCUGAAAGCAUUUCUGAUUGGACUUUUGAUGAAAACUGUUUAUUCUGUUGCUUGAGAAGAGAUAAAGUAAAGGGACACUUAGUCGGUCUGGAUGAACCAGCUUCGGGAGCUGGGCAAGAAGCUCUGCUUAAACAAGAGCAAGCAAAAAUCAUUCGAUUCGAGAGACAAGCAGAAGAAUUCCUCAAUGCAGUCUUUUAUAGAAAAGACAGUCCCUGGGUCUCCGACCCCAGUAUUCCCCUAGUGGCCCGUGAGAUCAUGCAGCGAAUGAUCCAACAAUUUGCUGCUGAAUAUACCUCAAAAAAUAGCUCUACUCAGGACCCCAGCCAGCCCAAUAGCACAAAGAACCAAAGCCUGCCGAAAGCAUCUCCAGUCACCACCUCUCCCACGGCUGCAACUACUCAGAACCCUGUGCUCAGCAAACUUCUCAUGGCUGACCAAGACUCACCUCUGGACCUUACUGUCAGAAAGUCUCAGUCAGAACCUAGCGAACAAGACGGUGUACUUGAUCUGUCCACUAAGAAAAGUCCAUGUGCUGGCAGCACUUCCCUGAGCCACUCUCCAGGCUGCUCCAGUACUCAAGGGAACGGGCGACCUGGGAGACCCAGCCAGUACCGCCCAGACGGACUUCGGAGUGGUGAUGGGGUACCUCCAAGAAGCUUACAGGAUGGAACCAGGGAAGGUUUUGGACACUCCACAUCACUCAAAGUUCCACUGGCUCGAUCCCUGCAGAUUAGUGAAGAACUACUGAGCAGAAACCAAUUGUCCACAGCUGCCAGCCUUGGGCCAUCUGGAUUACAGAAUCAUGGACAACACUUAAUAUUAUCCAGGGAAGCCUCUUGGGCAAAACCACAUUACGAGUUCAACCUCAGCCGUAUGAAGUUCAGGGGAAAUGGUGCACUCAGCAACAUCAGUGACCUUCCUUUUCUUGCAGAAAACUCUGCUUUUCCAAAAAUGGCACUUCAAGCAAAACAAGAUGGAAAAAAGGAUGUGAGCCAUUCAUCUCCUGUAGAUUUAAAGAUACCACAAGUUCGAGGAAUGGAUCUUUCUUGGGAGUCUCGCACUGGUGAUCAGUACAGCUAUAGCUCUUUGGUAAUGGGUUCACAAACGGAGAGCGCGCUUAGUAAAAAAUUAAGGGCUAUUCUUCCAAAACAAAAUAGAAAAAGCAUGUUAGAUGCUGGACCCGAUUCUUGGGGCUCAGAUGCUGAGCAGUCUACCUCUGGACAGCCAUAUCCCACAUCGGAUCAAGAAGGAGACCCUGGCUCCAAGCAGCCUCGGAAGAAAAGAGGGCGUUACAGACAGUACAACAGUGAGAUACUGGAGGAAGCAAUCUCAGUGGUUAUGAGUGGAAAAAUGAGUGUUUCCAAAGCUCAGAGUAUUUAUGGGAUUCCCCACAGUACACUGGAGUACAAAGUAAAAGAGAGGCUGGGCACUUUGAAAAACCCUCCAAAGAAAAAGAUGAAAUUAAUGAGGUCGGAGGGGCCAGAUGUUUCUGUAAAAAUUGAAUUAGAUCCCCAGGGAGAGGCAGCACAAAGUGCAAAUGAAUCAAAAAACGAGUAGGAAUACUGUAGAGUGCCAAUUACUGUACAAACUGGGUGAGCACUACUGCAUCAUUGUUCAGCUAUCAUUGCUUGCACAUAAUUUCAUUUACUGUGACACUUGUUUCUUUGCAGAUUUUGCAUUGACUUGUGUGUACAGAGAUGAAAUGUGCAUUCUGAAUGUUGCAUAUUUUAAAUUUUUCAUGUGCAGUAUGGCUCGGAAUAUGUUUGGCCUUUUGCAUGUUUCUCUACAAAAGAGAAUUGAGUUACCUCACAGAGAACAGAUACAUGGAAGUGGACUCCUUGCCUGUAGAGCCUGCAUGCUUUUUUGUUUUGUUUUGUUUUUUUGUUUUUUCUUAAGUUAUAUUUGUUUUUACUUUUUAAAAAAGAAGAGGAAAAAAAGCCCCCUUUUAGAAACUACGUCUGUCAUACUGGGAGCUUUAUCACUGCAAAUUGGAAAGCCAUCUUAUAAUACAAAAUUACUCACAUUUUUCAUCUACGAUUCAACUAAUUGAAGGAUUAAACUAAAGAAAAAACUAAGAAGAACAAUGAACCUUUGAAUUUGAGAAAUUUGGUUAUUCACUGACAUAAUUAUUGGGUCAUUUAUAGUUACACUUUAUGAUUUUCUUCUCACUAUUAAAUUUACUUAACAAAUUAGCAAGCUAUUAGUGCUCACCCAGAGGGGAAGGCGGUGGAAAAUGUGCACACACUACCUUCAGAAAUGCUUCAGUUAAUUACUUUGAACACUACCUUUGCUGUAAUUUCAUUUGAGAUUUUCUAAGGGUAGAAUUUGGUCUCACCAACAAGUGAGGAUAUAGCCUUAUCUCAUGGAGGACGAGCUCCGUAUUUACUCAGGAGCAGUCAGGGUACAUUACAUAAAACAAUGGAGGAUGCCUCAUUUUAGCAAACUAGGUUUCUUUGUAAUCUUCAGUCCUUUUACAGAAUUGAUGUGCUAACUGACUGAGUAUCGUUGAAGCAACUAAAUUAAGAUAUUCAAGAUCUGUUUAUUGGGGAUGGGAGAAAUAGGGAAAGAAAUGUGUGUAACUAAUUAUGAUAUUGCAAAAGUGAUACUUAGAUUUUACAGCCUCAGUAGUCUGCCCAGUAUCCACGUUAAUGAAGGAUCCAUGUUUGUAGUGAGAGAAGAAAAACAACCCCAAGGUAACCUGAUAAGAUUUAGGAUGCAUAUCAGUUCUAACAAUAAUUCAAUCAGAAGUCAAACUCAUUGGAAUUCCUUUUUUAACUGAUCCAAAUACUAGUAGAAGGGUGGGAGAGGUUUUUUUUUUUUUUUUUUUUAAUUUUGUUGGUUAGAAUUAUUUUCUCUUUUUUUGGCAUCCGACAUAAUACCCCCUUCUUGACUUUUUCUGAUAAUUAGCUGAUAUUCGUGGUUGUUUAGCACACAGUUCAGGACCUUUGAGAUCAUGUUUGUAUAAGCACUCCUUGAAGAAUAUCUAAGCUUUUUUUGAGAUGGGCUUUUAAAAUGAAAGUAAGGAAAGUUUAUUUUCUGCGGUUUUUGCAAGAAUAAGCAAAGCCCAUGGAAUUUAAUUUUUCAUUGUGAUCAGAUUACUAUUUGUGCAAAACAAAAUCCACACCACAUACACUGUAUAUUCUAAUCUGCUGAGAAAGGUGGUCAGGCCCUUCUAAAUGCUUAACCAAAAACAAACAUUGGAGUUUCAGUAUGUAAAAUAAAAUUAAACUUGGAGCGUUGGUUAGAUGUUGAUUUCAGAUGGAUACUAACAGUUUGAGGGGAGGUCCAGAUAUUUCCAAGGCAUAAAUUCUUGCCUGGAAACUUUGGAGCAACUAAUUAAAUUAGGUUAAGUUUUCCCUCAACACACCUUUGUGUGUUCAAAGGUUAGGCACACCAUUGCUGUUAUUAAAAUACAUGUACUGCUCAUUCUUGACAUAGCUUGGGUGUGGGUUCCUCUUGAUUUGGUUAUUUUGUGUAGCAGUUUAAUCAGUGGAUAACUGAGCCUGUUUCCCCUUAGAUUUCUAGACUUCUUAACAGAAAAAACAGUUUGGGUUCAGUAGCAUUUUAUAAUUCUACAAUAUUUUGUCACCUAGCUGGAAGUUGCAAUAAAAAUUCCUUUUGAAAUGUAUGGUUUUCAUCUGCAAUUGAAGGAAAUCUUAGAAAGUUUGCUGAAAGCAAAGGACUAAGCUUAUGAAGGAACGCCUCCUUUGUUACACACUUAAGAAUUUGUCAGCACACAAUUAAUUGCAGCCAUAGUACCUUUUUGUGUAAUGUUUGGGAUAUUCAGUAGCCCAGGAUUGCUGCAAAAAGGUUCUUUGAGAAAAUUAAUUUGUGCUUGCUUUUAUCCCCUCUCAGAAAGACAUCACUAAAGGCCCAUUAAAAAUCUGGCCCUAAAAGUUCAACUUUUGUAGAGUUUACUGUUCAGAGAGGUUUAAUCCUAUGUGGUAGUCUAUAUAAGUGAUGUAUGAGUUGAGUUAUGUAAAUUUUGUCAUUGUAGUGUACAUGGAGUGAUCAUUUUACUAACAUAAAUAUUUUCUAUGUGUGUUUCAGUGGAUGACAAUCGAGCAGCAGAAGAAUGGUGUGCCUACCCUUUAAUGCUGCAGUUUAAAUAAGAGAACUUGUAUUGUGUCAUUUCAGAUUGUAGGCUGAGAGUUGUAAAUAGUGAAAAUUUGAGUACUUCUAUUAUUUGUUUUGGUUAGAAAGUGAAUUUAAAAAACAAACCAAACUCUAAACUUUCUCAGAUUAAAAGUCCUGAGACCUGAAGAUUGUAAUAUUCAUGUCUGUGAAGCUUUUAAACAUUACACUUGAGAUCAGUCAUGACUUGAUAUUCAGGUAAAUUUUCUUUUCCAAGAAGCUUUUGAAUAAGCAUAUUUCCUCCAAAGGUCUCUCUCUUUCUCUCUCUUUUUUUGAGUGUAGAUUAUUUUAAAGCACUAAUUGCAUUACAUUGGUAACUGCAAUAUAAAAUAGCCAUUAUUGUUUUGUGAAGCAUGGUUGAAAUUAGCUAGUGGUCCCUUUUAAAUUUCAUGAGCCUCUCAAAAAAGAAAAACUUAAAAAAAAAAAAAAACAAAAAGCUGCUGGAAUAUUUCGAAAGAUAUAUAUUUUACCUUAUUAUAGGUUUUGUAAAGUUAGUUUGUAAUAUUCAGGUGCACUUUUAAUGUUAAAUUUUGUGUUCAGAGUUCCAUUAUACCAUGUAUUUCUCGGAGGUGGCUCAUCACACGGCUGACUGGCAGUCUUGGUGUUGCAGUGAUUCCUUAAUAUUUGAUUUAUAUCUUGAUUCGCCACUAUUCUGUAUUGGCACUUUCAGUGUAGAUAUUCUGGUUUGGGGAUGUCCUCACAAAUGUGUAAUAGAGAUUGGUCUAUUAGCACGCUUAAUUUCUGCUAAUCAGAGUUUUGCAUGGCCCAAACAACAGUUGACCAUUUUUAUGGUAUGGGAAAGUGUAGUUCACAACUGUCUUUGUCAUGAAAGCUAUUUUUCCUCACAUUUUCCAGUAGGCAGAUAACAUUACUUAAAUUAUUAAUAUAUAACACUCUUGGAACUAUUGAUAGGAAAUAAUGUAUUUAAAAUAAUUUUUUGCAUUUUCAGAGAACCUUGAUAUUAUAGGGUAGAUACGCUAUGGCACUAUAAAAUCAAAAACACUAAUUCUGUGCAAGGAUAUCUAGUUGGUAUUUUUAUUUUUAGCUUUCUCAUUUCUGAGACAGCGUGGUCAUCCAGCUUGACAGUAAUGUAGUAUAUUACUUUGGUCAGUGGGCUUAUAAGUGACUCUGAAUUAUGUUUGUGAUGAGCUAUACACUUUUUUUCUGUUCCCCAAAUACCAUGAAGGACAAGGUCACUCUUUCAGGAAAAAUAAUUUAUAUUUGUGUAUAAUACUUUUUAAUAUUAAGUUUGUUGUUCUGAAGUUUAGAUGUUGCUUGAUAAACCUUUGCUGCAGCAGAUCAUGAAUAUGAGUAAGGCUUUGUGUGAUAAUAGGGGUCCUUAUGUGAAGUUAAUUACUGUUCAGUUCUGGUGAGCAAGCUCAACAAGUGUGAAGUGUGUAUUAGCUUUAUUUGGUACACUUUUACUUUAUGAUAUUGAAGUGCUUUUAGAACUCUGGUUAUCUUAUAUAAACCAUUACCUCAACCAAUUGGCAUUUCUUUUCCCCAACAUUUAUCUUAGCUAUAGUAUGAGCUAUGUGGGAUCAGAUGGUAAAAACUAUAAAAGGCACAAUGAGAAGUUUAGUUCCCAAGUUUCGGAGAGAACUCUAAAUUAGACUAAAAACAACUACCUGUUAACACCAGUAUCAUAACUACCUUCUGUCAUUAGGCAGUACAUAGCAACCUUUGAGCUACUAGUGAGCUAUCUGUUCUCCCUCUACCCCCAAGUAAGCACACAGUGCCAGGCCUGGUUCUAAGCCUUUGUGAUUCUCUUACAUCUCAUUGACCCAUAAUAGUGAAGCAUGGAUUCAUUUCUUUUCAUAAAACAAAUUGAGUCAGCUCGAUGUCAGAAGCUGAAAAUAUUUUGAGUAGUUAUAGCAGUUAUAUGACAGAUUGGCAUCAUUUUCUUUAACAGCUUUUAUCUUUGUAGAUUUCCUUUUGAGACCAUGUAUUUUUGCUUUUAUAAUUCUUUCAUUAAAUUGAGGUUGUUUUCAUAUUAACCAGUCUUUUCUGUGUAUUCAGGUUGCUGUCAUUGGUGAUAGAAUAUGGCAAUAGACAGAAUUGUGUUCCACUUUAUGUUUUAUAGGAGAUAUUGAAAGUUAUACGCUAAAUUUUGGCCUUCUUGAGGAUAUCAAAGAUUGUUUUCCUUGUUACCUUUAAUUAGAAUUUGGUCUUCAUUAAUGCUUUGGUCAGGCUAAUAUUACUAAAAACUUGAUGGCUUCAGCAGAACAGCCCAUUUAGGAGACUAUUAAGCUAUCUAGGAAUUUUUUAAAGAAAAUUAAUUGCUUUCAAAAUCUGCAAAGGAAAAACGUAUAAUUGUGGUACAAAGAAGACAGAACUCCAGGCUCUUUCUUCUUAGUUUAUUUUGGUUUAAUUCUGUACUGGAGACUUGAAUAGCAUUUGUGAACAUGGUGAUGGGAAGAAAAAUAGAGGACAUUAUUUGCGUAUCCUCAUUCCUGAAUAAUCUUGCAGUCACCUUUUAAAGAAGCAGACGUUAGCCCUGUAACACAGCACUGUAGCUAUAAGCCCUAAGUGUUCGGAAGGAGAUUGGGUGGGGAGGGUGGAGUAGGAUGGAAAAAGCAUGUAGACUUCUGAGAAGAGGCUAAAAAUUCUGCCCUGUAAUACUAAAAGUGAGUCACAAGAUAAUGUGGUGAAGUUAGGCCAUCUUGAUUUGAUAGAAAAAUCUUGUAGAUUGUUUAAAAAUGAGAAUCGAGGCUAAUUAAUGUUGAUUUGACAAUAGAGCAUGAGCUAAUUCUGCAGCUGUUUGGGGGGUAAUUUUACGGUUUCCAGUUCAUUUAGAGCUGUAUCAAGAAAAGCUAAAAAGCAAGCACUUUUAGUUAAUCAUAGAUUUAUUGGAUGUAGCAAAUAUUAUUAUAAUAUUUAAUCUCUAUUAUUUGAAUGUGGAAAUGAACUUUUUACCCCAUCUUGAACUGUCAUUGAACAUGCUCAAGAUGAUCAACACUGGAAAUGACCCUACACACAUACCAAAAAAAUCUAAAGCAGUAAGACAUAUUUGAAGAUCCAUACCUCUUAAACUUUUUAGAUUUGUCUUGGGAAAGAAUUUAUGAACCUGUAACCAGUAUUAGUGCAGUCUUGGGUUCCUUGUUCUGCAUAAUUGCACCCUUUCUCAGGUAUGUCCUGACAACAUAAAUUUUAAAAUAAUCUCUUUAGAGAUUAGAUUCUCAGUGGAUAGUGUGUAAGGGGACUAGGGGUGGGGGGCUGGGGGUAGCUGGACACAGGACACUGACACAGUAGAGCAGGGAUUUUUAACAGUCAGUAGCCAAAUAGAAUUUCAAUCUACAAUAUUUUUACCCCCUCAGAAUGAGCGAAACAACUUCUAUUAUUUGGUAUGCCCGGUGCUACACUCCUAAAAGUCUUUUUUUUCAUCCAGGUGGCUUUUUUUAUUUUUCCUGCUUGGUGGUGGAAGGUUAUAUAGUAAACUUCACUGUCACUAGGAAAGCACUUGUCCAAAAUGUUUAAAGUACUAGAAAAGGGAUAAUUCAGCACUUUUUCUGUUACAACACUAAAGUCUUAAUUUAUCUUCAGAGUCUUAGGUACUGUAAGUUUUAGGAUGAUUAUUUAGAAAUAUAAAACAUACUACAUAAUAUGGAGUCAGAUCACAUUUAUAUAAAUCUUAUUUUAAAAAAAGACAAUAACAUUUUGUACCUUUCUAGCAAUUCCAAGUGAUUGCCUCAUUUUCUCUUAUUAAGCAUUUCAAGCUUAAGAAUUUGGAAUUUGAGAGAAGGUGAGGAGAAAGAUUCCCCAAAAUAAAAAUUUGUUUCAGACCAUUUUAGAAAAAUAAAUCACUAGGAAAAUGGGUAGGGAUUCUCUCCCCCUUUAAGUCUUCAGGGAAUGAGCAGUAUUUAGAAUCUUUGGCUGAAAUUCAAGCCUUUUUACUUUGUAAAUUUUUAAUAUUAAUUCACUGACAUGCUUUUUACACCAGAGGACUGAAAAUGGAUCUUAACGUUUUUAAGUUGUGGAAGGGUAUAUUUCUAAAACGAGGGGGGGAUGAUUAACUAGGUUAGUAUUACCAGCAUUAGUAAGUUUAAGGAAUUUUAGUAUGUAAUAGCAAAGUGUUUGAUUAAAAGUCUAAUCCUAUAUUGCUAGUCGAAAUUAGUUACAUUCUGAUCUAGGAAUGAUAAUAGUCAUUGGAUAUUGAUAUGCCGUGCUGUCAGAAAACCAGACUAAGAUAGAAACCUUUAUCUGAUUCCCACAUGUUGCUUGUUCUGAUGGGAUGUAUACUUUACAGCAGCUUAUUGCUGCUUUGAAAAAAAAUGUAUAAACUAUACAUUUGGAGUGUUUGCAUAUAAUUCUUUAUAACCUCCACUUAAAGCUGUCAGACAUUGGUAUUUUAUCAGUCCAUACUGUUUAAUAAAACUAAUGUUCUUAGGAAUCCAGCUUGUACACACUGUUUAAAAACCCUCAGGGACAGUUUACACACUCUUCUCACUCAAUUCAGGUACUUUGAUGCUAUUCUUAAACCUAACAGUGACUUGUAUUUUUCUGUUUUGCUUUUAUUUCAACGUGCUGGUAGCACAUCUGAUGAAUGUCAACUUUAAAAACUCAGUUCAGGUAUCCAGGUAUAACUCAGCCAAACAGAUUUUAAAGCUGCAUAUAACUCUCCAGCACAUGGUGCCUCACACUCUUAUAGUGGCAUUCUAUAUAUUCAGUUAUUACUACUGAGCAGAUAAUAUGGGGGUUCCUGUUAACAGUGUAUUUUUUUUUUAAAGUACAUAAAUGUAUAGCCAGCACACUACACACACACACACACACACACACACACACACACACAGUUAAACUAUGUAUUUUUAAAUGCCACUAAUAGCCAGCACAACUAAAAAGACAUUCCUAACUGCUCUGUAAGCUGUUAACAGAUGCAGUUCCUUCUUGAUGUGGCUCUUGCUUCUUCACGAUAACUACUACUAAAUUCAAGCACUGGUCCUUGGGUGUCUGACCUCUACAUUCUAGUUUAUGCAAUGUCUUUAGAGAAUUUUGUGCACUGGCCACUGUGAUGGAACCAUUGGGCCAGGAGUGCUUUGAGUUUAUCAGUAGUGAUUCUGCCAAAGUUGGUGUUGUAACAUGAGUAUGUAAAAUGUCAAAAAAAAUUAGCAGAGGUCUAGGUCUGCAUAUCAGCAGACAGUUUUGUCAGUGUAUUUUGUAGCCUUGAAGUUCUCAGUGACAAGUUUUUUGAUGCGAAGUUCUAAUUCCAGUGUUUUAGUCCUUUGCAUCUUUAACGUUAAGACUUGUCUCUUAAAAUCGCUUUUGUUUUCUGCAGUACUAUCUGUGGUUAACAAAAUAGAUUAUUCCUCUGCUUUAAUAUUUGAUAUCUUACAUCUAAAAUAAAUUCUCUCCACAUAUAAAACCCAUAGUCUUUGGAGAUAUGGAAAAUGGCAUCUUUCAGAUUUCUAGAAGUUCAAGUGUCAUACAACUAAACAGGAACCCCCUUUACUCUUAUGGACCUCAUUUCAAUAUACUGUUUACAGUUUGAUGGAAUUGUAUAAUUUAAUAUUUCUCUUGUACUGUAGUUUAUAUUUAUUUACAGAUUUUUUUUGUACUGUGUGAUUUGAACUUUUUGUUCCUCGCUAUGAUCAAUGUUUAUGUAGUAGAGCACUUAUGAUCACAAAUUAAGUUUUUUGGUUUGAUUGCACUACAUUAAAUUUUUUAAUGCAGUUCUGAUUUUUGACUGGACUAAAACUGUGUCUUAAUGUAUGUGAUGAGUACUUAAAAUUUUAAUCCAUGUGGUCCCCCCUCUUUUUUUUUUUUUUUUUUUUUUUUUUUAUUGUACGUCUAUAGCGCUAGUUCUUGCGUGCAGGUGUGAGAUUUAAUCGCUCCAUUGUCUAAUUUGACCAUGACAUUUUGGAGAAACAUUCCCAGCUGUAAUGUUGUGUAUGGUAGUUCUCACUGGAUGCUAGACUUUGCAAAACCACUAUUCUUCUAAUAAAUUUUGUUGUGAAAAACUGUU